AUGUCACCAGCUCAUGCCAACCUUCAGGCUCUUUGCACCACUGAGAUGAUACCUCAUGGUCCAGAGAUAGGAGUAGAUUCCAAAGCAUCACCAAACACACAUGAGAUGGGGAGGCACAAGUCUGAAAAAGACAAUCUACAGUUUCUUGGAGGAGAGUUGUGUGAAGGUCUGGAUCUAGAUCACUCGAUGAAUGGAGGAAGGGUUUCAAACUUUGUUCCACAAAACAUUGAAACUCCAUCACUUGACAUACCAGACAUCAAGAAAGCUUUUGAAGGUUCAUGGAAAGAGUAUGGUGAAUGUUUGCAAUCAUCUUUCAAUUAUCACAAAGAGCUAGAUGGAUCCCAAACACCUAUGAAAAAGGAUGAUAUAAGUAGGAAGAUGCACUCCAACAUUGAAGGCAAUUCUCAGGAUACUGUUACCUUGACCCACAAUGGUGUCAGAAGAGGGAAUAUUCAAGUUGUACCUGAUAAUCUUCCCCAAAGAAAGAAGCCUGAUAAACUCACACCCCAGGAUGAAGCAUUGAAGGCCAAGUUGAUUUACGAUCCUGAGGGGGAGGAAGUAGGCACAACUCUAGCUGAAGGAUAUCAGUGGUUACACAAGAUUUGGCAAACUAUUACACUUGAAAAAAUUCAGUUGGAAAGGUAUCCUAAAGCAAUUAAGCAUACUGGAACCUGCAACAGCACUCGAUUUGGUCUGGACCAACAUCACUUCAUUGCUUAUAUAAUGAUGCAUUGGAUGCAAAAAUUUAGACCAAAAUGGUUUGAAAAUUUAUGUUAA